GUCUAGGUUAAAUGUCUGAUAUAAAAGUGUGACCGGGUCAUUUAUUCGUCAGUUCAGUACUGAAGCUGAAACAGCCAAAUCAACCAAAUCAAAAAUGUUCGCCAAGAUCUUCUUCGUCUCAGCUCUUGUAGCUGUUUCCCAAGCAGGAGUUUUCGAACUCCCAUCGGUCAAUCACGGCUACGCUUCAGUACCAGUCCAUGGACAUGCUGAAAGCCAAGACUACUACGCUCCUCCCAAGUAUGAGUUCAACUAUGGAGUACAAGACCCUCAUACCGGAGACCACAAGAGUCAACACGAAAUCCGUGAUGGAGAUGUUGUAAAGGGUUCCUACACUGUGGCUGAACCCGAUGGUACCUUGAGGACUGUCCACUAUACUGCUGAUGACCACAAUGGAUUCAACGCAGUAGUUGAAAGGUCUGGACAUCCAGUACAUCCAGCUCCAGCUGCCCACAAAGUUGUUGUAGCUGCCCCAGCUGCCUACGCCGCUCCUGCUCAAUAUUACCAUCAUUAAGUGCUAACUAAUUAGGGAAAACUUAUUUAUUUAUUGUUUUUAAUAAAGAUUUUAAUUUU